GCGGAAUCCAUGUUUGUCGAGUGUGGUAGAGCGCUCUCCAACUCCAUGCUUGUCGACUGCAGUAGACCGCGCCCCAUCGCCGUGGAUAUGGCGAAGGGGCUGCGUCUGCGCACGUGUUCCACCGGCAUAGUCGUUUUUUGCUCGUUCUUGUUGCUGCUGGUGGGAGAUGGGUGCUUGCGUUUGAUCGAUGGUAGCACGCCACGCGGCGGCCAGAAGUUGAAAGCAGGAGCCUGUAGAGGAGAGGAGAAUGCCACCACGUCUUACACGCCAUCGCUGGCGAUGGCGAAGGUUGUCGACUUGCGUUCCGGAGGAGAUCAUGAACCGGUCCCACGCGACUCUGCUGGCGGUUUGGAAGCAAGGUCGCUGGCUGACGUGGGAGAACGUGUGUUUGUUGAAGAUCGGGAUCUGUUCCCAAGUGGCAGCGCGUCUAUUGUUAUCGCGUUUCCGGGACAGUCGCCGUUCGAGACGGUCUCGAAUGGCACUUUGUUGUGCACAUCAAGCAUCACGAGCCUUGUCGGGCAAGACGACUCGCCAAUUUUUUACUUCAUUCUUGACGAGCUAUGCCGGGAUGAAGCCCUCGGAGAGUACACGGAACACCGCAUGUCAAUCAGGAAGGCAGUAGUCGGAGGGUCUCCCUCAGGAGGAGAUGGGGGACUCCUUAGCUAUUGGUGGGAGCAUCUGAACGGCACUGGGGAUGCGGUGUUGACUCCCACAGUAAUUAAUCCAGACAGGGGGAUGGCUAUGGCGAACUUGUACUCCAUCGACCUGACGCUAUCGGGAUCGCACCUGAUCUUGGCCGCGACAGCUGAUUCUGUAGCACUGAAGUCAAGGAUGAUUUUCGUAAAUGUUACUACCGGUGGGCGGGAGUCUGUGAGAACGGCAUGGGACAAUCUGUACACCAUCGCUUUCAAUGCGAACAAGAGUCGUCUGUUUGCAGCGGAUGAAAUGGAUCCUCGUCGUAUCCUCGCUGCCUCGACGGAGACGGGAGUGGAGGCCAUCUCCACGAACGGAGAGAUGACACUCCAGACGUUCCGCGAGUUCCCGUUGAGGUUACCUCCGAACAUAAGCUUCAUACAGUUCUCCACGCAGAGCUUCGAUCCUCAGGACAGGUGUCUCUACUUCCCCGACUUCGAGAACAACAUGUUGCGGAGCUUGAAUCUGUCGAACCCUCAGGCGAAUCUCACCCAUGUCGCCGGAUCCGGCGAGACCGGACAGCAAGAAGGAGACGCCUUCAGCGCGUCACUCAACGGUUUGUCUGAGCCGGUUGUUACGCGUGAUGGAUGUAAUGUGUUCUCUGUGCAGGUGGAUGGAGUGCAUCGCUGGUUCAAGCUGGAGGCACCGUGUGGCAAAGCGGUGAGCGUCAGCACUGUAGCGAGGUAUACAGGUGUGGGUUGGGAGGGAUUGGCGCUCCAUCACGUGGGCGACAACGCUAGCCUGCUUGUCGGCUCGAAAGACGGCAAAGUGUUAAAGCUGGACAUCAACAGCAGCGCUUUGCAUGUCUGCAAGCCUUUUGGUUACGCCGAGGACCCCACGCCCCCCUCCUCCGCUUCUACUCCAAGCCCUUCUCCACCUGCCCCCGAAGGCAAUGAUCCUUCCCUACUCGACUCUUUCCCCUCCCCCGACGUCUCUUCGGCAGCUAGAGAUAGUACUUCAGAUCACAAGUGGGCUGUUUACGUUGGUCCGGUCGUAGGUGCGUUCAUCUUUCUGGUAAUCGUCGUGGCAGCGGUUUGCACCAUCUGUCCGCAGCGGCGGCAGACGCUUGGCCUUGUGAAAUCGAAGGGUGGAACGUCUUCCCUCACCCUCGGUUCGUCAUUUGGCCCUGGCGUCAGCGUGGACAGCGGACUUAAACCCACGGCUGUUCAAGAGUUUCCGCUGGCGGUGCUGGUGCACUCUACAGAGAAUUUCGAUGACCAGUACAGGAUUGGCGAGAAGGGAGCGUUCGGAGAGGUUUACUGGGGAGACAUUGGAAACAAGAGAGUCGCAAUCAAAGUCAUGAUCGGUGAGCUGACGGCGGUGAAGCGCCAGCAGUUCCUGGCUGAAGUCAACACUCUGAGCCGCCUGCAUCACGGCAAUUUGAUCGAGCUCAUCGGCUACUGCCAGGAGGGAAAGAGAUCCAUCUUGGUCUAUUCUCUCUUCUCAGGCGGCAGCUUGCACCACAGGUUGCAUAAGCGGCAUAAGGUUGGCGAGAAGGAGAGGUUGCCGGCACUAACGCUGAGCGAGAGGGCAUCCGUCGCAUGCCAGAUAGCGAAUGCGCUGUCCUACCUUCACCACGGUGCGGACCCGCCCGUCAUUCAUCGGGAUAUCAAGAGCCGUAAUGUGCUCUUGUCUGACGGAAGCGGAGCGAGUCUCCGAACAGUUGUGGCCGAUUUCGGACUGGCAACAAUUGGACAGAGCAUCUUCGAAACAACAUUCGAAAGCGUGGUGGAGACGUGCCACGUGGCAGGCACGCAAGGGUAUAUGGCGCCGGAGUACUUGACUAUGGGGAGAUUGACCGCGAAGGUUGGCGUCUACGCCUACGGUGUGAUAGUCCUCGAGCUUUUGACCGGUAGGAACUCGGUGUUUCCUCGACAACCGCCGUCGGUCAAUGGCGAGUGGAUGACGCUUCCGCAGUGGGUAAGGACGUACACUCAUCUUUCGCAAUUCGAUCUGCUGAUGACGGUCCUCGACGAACCUCUGCGGGAGGAGGUGGAGAGCAGCCUGGCGAAUCAGCAUAUGGUAAUGGAUAUAAUCUCGUUGGCAAUGGACUGCGUGCAAGAAGCAGAUGCAAUGAGGCCAAACAUGAGCACCGUGUUGCAGAGGAUUUCCACUGUAGUCGCGGAUGCGGGAACCGACUACCUCAAGUGAUCGAAGAUGAUGAACAUGG